UAUUCAUUCCAACGCGAUUAAAACGGGGACGCAGUGUGGGCCAAGCAAAAAUAGGUUCUACCCCACCGUAAUAUCUGCGUUUAGGUUACUUUUUCUUACCAUUUUUACUCCUUUGUAAACAGGUAGUACAAUGUUAUGACGACCGAAAGUGCACUAUCUAUGCUGCAGCUUUUCGAGUCAUCAAACAAUUUAGUCCCUGGGAUAAUUGAAGAGUUAAAGAGGUAGAAUUGUAAUAUGAGGACUCUUUUUCCAUUCCCUUAUUUUGUUCCUCAAAUCGAAAUCUAGAAAACAACAAGGAAUGUCCAGAGCUUCCCAUGAAGCCACUCUGGCUGCCGCACACGCGCUGAAGAACCAUUGCCAUCAUGUCAUCAAUACCAUGAGCUCUACCACCGUCCCUGAAGCCUUUCUUUUUCGAGGCAACGCGUAUUAUGCUUUAGGGCAACCCUACUUUGCUUUAGCGGAUUACAACAUCGCUGAGAGUGUUCUUAAUUUAUCAAGUGAUUACCAGGCCCGGUGUUUGCAGGCGGUGCAGCACUUCCCGGAGGUUCAGGUUGGCACCUACUCAUCCACAAACUCGCAUCUCCAUAUUUUCGUCAAGCCCUAUCUUUCGGAGAAAUGCGAUACAGCAUACAUCAACAGCCACGUCGGGCGAGGGAUCCUCGCGAACGAGGCUCUAGCGCGCCACAGCGUCGUGAUGAAGGCCAGUGAGCCAUGGUUAAGAUACCCCACCCAGGAUGGGUUGUGCGCCUUCUGUGCGAUGCCGCUACCGGAACGUUUAUUCCCGUGUAAAAACCCCCAAUGCCACGAGGAGUACUGCAGUCGGGACUGCCGAGCACUCGCAAAUAGCCUCUACCACAGCCACGUUUGCACGAAUGAGGACUUCCAGAGCCUCGAGCUGGAUCUUUUUAACCAAAUGCAGAAGGCCCAGUCCAAGGGCGGCACCUCAACCGACCACAACGCGGCCGCCGCACAGUUGCUGAUGCUGCGCGUGCUCGCGGUGGCGGCGAGGCGACAUAUCGUACCGAGUGUACAGCCUGAAGUUCGAAUUCUCUCGGGGCGUCUGACCUUUAGCCCGAAAACCUUGUGUGAGUCCAUGCUCCAUAUCUACGAGCGUCUUGUCCGUGCGAUGCACAUUGCGACGAUAAUUUCGUAUGAGGAAAUGAUAGGAACACUGGCGCGCAUCACGGCAAAUUGUUUUCAUACGCCGAAUGCGGUUGAAUUACAUCUGCCACGAUCAAUGUUCAACCACAGCUGUGAGGCCAACGUUGCCGAGGAUGCGCUGACAGGCAACAUCGUCACGCUUCGCGAGGUGGCGGCUGGGGAAGAGCUCUGCAUAAAUUAUUACCCGCACUUGAAGAAACUGCCCUACAACAAGCGCUUUGUGGAGCUCCAGAGGCGUGGAUUUGACUGCAAAUGUGUGCGCUGUCAACAGAAUCGAUGAGCGAUUUCGUUGGAUUCAUUCUGUCGACUCCUGCUUACUAGGUUCUCAUGGUACAGAGAGAAAAAUAUGGCGAUCGAUUUGCAUGCGCGAUAAACACCAGAAAAAGUGUCUUAUGGUAUUGGUGAUUAAUAAGAGACAGAUCGUAAGACGAAAAGUCCAAUAUCUGAGGUGUAUCCGAAUUCUUAUUCUUUUGUGGUGCUCCUUUUUGUUACAUGCGUUCUUUUCCCUUUCCGGCACCAAAUUUUAAGUGAAAUUUAGUGGAACACAUUAGGACCUUGACAGGUAUGCCCAUAUAUUUUUAUCCAAAACUACUCGCAACGAAAUAACGCAACCAAUAUUUUUUGUAUAACA